AUGCUACCGGUACCACCAGCCACCCUUAGUCGAGGGGGCUCCCCUUCCACGAUACAGAGCACCAGCCCGUCGGAUGAGAGGGAGACAACAGACUCCACUUUCAGCGAGAUACAGGUCGAGGUCAAGGUCGGCAACAACGGCGACAUCGAGGUCAAAUCACCUGUUCUGGAUUCCAUGCAACGCGCCGCCAACAACACACCUCUUCCCAACGGGAAUGGGGGCGAUGGAGGAAGUGGUAGUGACCGCCCCUCUCCAACCCCCAUUCACACCAGGCCAGAGCCAUAUUACAGCAACGAGGAAAUCACCAUCCUCCAUGAGAUCGUUGCCCAUGGCGAGGAGAUCCUCGACACACUACCCGAGCGGGAGCGACUCCCCACCAAUGCGCUGUUCCUGGCUGCCGACGAAAUCCUCCCCAAAUAUGGCUACGAUUCGGAGGACGUCCCACACAUCUCGCGCCUCUUAUUCCGCAUCGGUGCAAACAGGAACGAUGAGACGCUGGUGGACAAGUUCAGAUCCGUGCUAGCGAACAUGGGCAUCGAAGUCGUCUAUACAGAUGACGAGAUGAGUUCAACCGCAGAGAGUGAUGAUGGGGACUUGAGUGACGGUGAUCAGACGGGAGGCGAGCCCGGAGGCGGGCCCACCCCAAGACCACACAUCAUUCAACGCGCCGAGUCUUCGCCACCAGAGCCAGGUCUUGCGCUGCCUGUUCCGCCGCAGGACAGGUACGGCUCGCCCAGUCCAAUGCAUUACGCGCCGCGCCGGAGACGUAAUUCGGAUAGCAUUGCUCUGUCCUUUGUUGCGCCUGGGAACGAGCUGUCCAGUAUAGAGCCUCCGAUCCGGCACACUCGGGCACACUCGGCCGCGGGCGAGACGCCGGAGUCAAACAAGAAGGGCGUCAGAUUUUCGGACGUGGUAGAAACACAGAGCAUCUCCGAACGUUCCUGGGACCAGAACGCCAGCGGGCCGUCUACCAUCGAGAAUUUCCCUUACCGUCCCAAACCUGGGAGUGGUGUGGAAGCCGAUGCUCCGAGCAAAGGGCUCAACGGGUCAGCCCACCCCCGACCGCCAAGUUCCGGGCAGGAUAUCGAUACCAGACCUUCGACCCGGGCGGAGAACCGGGCUCCUCCAGACUUCAGUAAUUUCGGCCACCACGCACGGGGCCCAGAGGGACAAGUGGGAGGCCAUUUGUCCAAUGGGGUAGUUUCUGACGAUGACGUUUCCAGCAGCAUGGACUUGGUUGGGGACGAGGCCGACUACGUCGAGGAGCCGAGCCUCCCGGAACACCCUCCCCAGUAUGAGGAAGAACACGACACCCGAGAAACAGAACGCAUCAAUGAGGAAUAUAACGAUUUACGACACGACGAAUACUCGGUAAAAUUACCUUUCAGGGACGCUGUCGACGAGCAGGAUAUGAACAAAGCCCAGGUGAACUACCUCAUGUCAAGAGAGCAGAUGUUUAGGAUGUCAUCCUUCAACCAUUGGGCCAGGAUCGCCCGUCAGACCAAGACUCGAAACAUUGAAUUAGAGGCAAACGCCGAGGUGUGGGAUGCCUGGGGCACGAUGGGUGACGCUCUUGAGGUCUGGAUUGAAACUGCGCUUACUAUGCACAUUGACGAGAACGAUGGUCUCCGGGCUUAUCAAGAUCACAUGCGUGAGAUGGAGGGACUCGAGCGCAACAGGGAGUCUGCUGAGCGCGGCGCUGAAGGCGCUGCUGCAGUCCCGGCAGUUCCCUCUGUCGAAAAUAACCAGCCGCGCGUCCGACAAUCUAUCGAACGUCUCAGGUCAUCUGCUGCGCCGCCCCGGGCAGUGUCCGACUUGAGAGACGCGGAUAGAGAAGCCAUGGGCAAGUCACCGUCAGGCGAGAGAACGUUUGUCGAGGAGUUGCCAUAUCGGCCAGCACCGGACGGGCGCUUUCAAGAAUUCCAAGCUCAACAGAUGCAGUCCUUCAGCAGCGAAUGGUUUCCGAACCUAGGUUCCAGGCAAGAUUCGUUCUACGAUGCGCCGGAAGAGCGAGACGAAGAGGCUUGGCUCGACAGUGAUCUCAGCCUUCGCUCACAGUACCACAUAGCAGCCGCGGCGUGGGACUACUUCAUCCUGUCGAAAGCAUUCACACAUUGGGCUAAUCGUGCAGAUGAAGAAGUGCAACGGACGCAGGUCGCAAGACGCCACAUUCUUCGGAAAAAAUGCUUCACCGCUUGGAUUGGGGACGGGGAUAGAGAUGAAUCUGAGUCGGAAAGCAAAGCGGUGUGGUUCUCUCAGCUGGUCGCUAUGAGGGACUGGCGGGAUGCUGCACAGAGUCAAUCCGGCAAGCAUAGACGGGCCCAUGCGCUUGCUAUUCGUCGGCGCAGGCGUGACCUAGCCGAGGACGCCCUCGUCGUAUGGUACCAAGAAUCCAAGGUGCAACUGGCUAUGGCAAUCGAUCACACUCGCUUGCGGUCGGCAUGCUUCUAUCACUGGCAGGGCGAAUCCGGCUGGCUUUCUUCUGCUCACGAAGAAGCUGAGGGCAUCUUCCGAGGUAGCAUGCUCGGAAGAUACAUGAGGCAUUGGAAGACAUCAGCGCGCGUACAAGAAAGAGCUGAAGAUGGUGCCGGACCGAUCAUUGUUCGUAGGGACGAGUUUCUGAGGUCCGGCCUGUCACUUGCCUGGCGCCAGGAAGCUGAGGAGUGCAAGGGCCGCGAGAAAGCUGCGAUACUUCAGGACCUGAAGGAGCAUGCAAAGCACUGGAUGUAUGAGACGAGGCUGAGGGCCUGGCAGGAGCAGCAGGAUGCGGAAGCACUUGACAGUACCACCUAUCACUGGUACUGCGAAUGGCGUCUGAUCUUGUGCAGACGCGUCACCCAGCGACAGGACCGGGCACGUUUCUGUGAGAAGUGGAUCGACGCGGCGAGGCAGUCAUACAACAACAGCCGCAAUAUGCGCCAUCUGGCUCGUGAAGUCCGUUACCACGACUCGAUCACGGGCUUCUUCAACGCCUCGAUCGACGCUAUCGAGCAGCUCGAAAUAGGCGCCAUGCACGCCCGCGGCAUGAUCCUCCAGCGCGUGGUGCCGAAGGCCAUCGAGCAAUGGCGCAGCCAGCUCGAGCCCGUCAGCCGGCUUCAGAAUUGGUCCCGCUUGGGUCGUUUCUACUCGAUUAGUGACAGCGUCAUGAAGCACUGGCGCGACGUGCGCCGGCAGGAAUGGCAACGUCGCAUGCGCAAGCUAUACAAGGAUUUCCGCUACCGCGUUCGCUGCGACACGCUCAGGGACAGCCUCGACUCGUGGCGGCAAAAGUCUGCCGAGGUCGUAACUAGUGGUUGGGAGGCAGACGACAUCCGCGCCGAAGACGAUGGCGGCCUGAUUUUCGACGUCGCGCAGGCUUGGCGCGAGAAGCAUGAGUAUUACACGUUCUCUACCGAGGUCGCCGAGGACGCCGACAAGGAGGCCCACCUCGUGCUCUGGCACUCUCUCAUCGAGGCUCAGGAUGAGGGCCGGCUGGACGCGGCCGAGUACAACUUCGCGCAGACGGCGUCGCAGUAUUGGGAGGCCUGGGAGCUGGCGUCGGUGUCCCUGCGGGGCCGCGACCGCGCAGCGCAAGAGUUUAUGGGCCACAACGCGCGGCGGGACCGACGCCAUUUCUUCGGGGUGUGGGCCUCGCAGACGAGCGGCGUUGGGCCUGGCGGGGACCGGGUGCCCGAGCUCGGCGGCAUGAUGGACUUCCGAGCGACGAGGCGUAAUUCGAGGUGGAAUACGCCCGCGCCGGUAAACGAUGGGAGGAGGUCCAGGAUGGUCACCGACUACACGCCCUUCCGGACGCCCGCGCGGCCGAGCUUUACACCGGCUAGGCCGAGCUUCCUUAGCAGGGUGACGAGCACCACGCCUGCGUACAAGCCGCGGAGCGAACUGACGUUUGAGGAUGACGAGGAAGAACUAGUAGCUUAA